AUGGCGCCAACGUCGACGGAGACGAGGAGCUCUGCCAAGGCCACGGUGUCAUCGUCCCAGCUGGCUCUCGCCGCCGCCGUCCUCUGCCUCACGGCGUGUGGCGGCAACGGCGUGGCGGCGUUCAACUACGCGGACGCGCUCGACAAGGCGCUGCUCUUCUUCGAGGCGCAGCGGUCGGGAAAGCUCCCGCCGGGGCAGCGCGUGACGUGGCGCGGCGACUCCGGCCUGACCGACGGCUCCGCGGCAGGGCUUGACCUCGCCGGCGGCUACUACGACGCCGGGGACAACGUCAAGUUCGGCCUGCCCAUGGCCUUCACCGUCACCAUGCUGUCGUGGAGCGUCCUCGAGUUCAUGCCCAGCGGCGGCGCCGGCGCCGACGCCGGCGUCACCGGCAGGGCCGCCGUGCGCUGGGGCGCCGACUACCUGCUCAAGGCGGCCGCAGCGGCCCCCGACGCGCUCUACGUGCAGGUGGCCGACCCGUACCAAGACCACAAGUGCUGGGAGCGGCCCGAGGACAUGGACACCCCGCGCGAGGUGUACAAGGUCACGCCCGACAGGCCUGGCUCCGACGUCGCCGGGGAGACCGCCGCCGCGCUCGCUGCCGCGUCGAUCGUGUUCCGGACCUGUGACCCUGCCUACUCCGCCAAGCUGCUCCAGACUGCUCACAAGGUGUUUGACUUCGCGGACCGGUACAGGGGCUCGUACAGCGACUCGCUCAGCUCCGUGGCCUGCCCGUUCUACUGCUCCUACUCUGGCUACCAGGACGAGCUGCUGUGGGCGGCGGCCUGGCUGCACAUGGCGACGGCGGCGCAGGGGAACUCGUCGGACAUGUACCUGUCGUACAUCUACUCCAACGGGCACAUCCUAGGCGCGGAGCAGGACGACUUCACCUUCAGCUGGGACGACAAGCGCGUGGGCACCAAGGUCCUCCUCUCCAAGGCGUUCCUGCAGGGCAUGGUGGGUAAGGGCAAGGGCCACGCGGAGGACGACGCGCUGCGGCUCUACAAGGCGCACGCCGACGCCUACGUGUGCUCGCUCGUGCCGGGCGCCUCCGGCUUCCAGCCGUCGCAGUUCACGCCGGGGGGCCUCCUGUUCAAGGAGGGCGACAGCAACAUGCAGUACGUCACCUCCACGGCGUUCCUCCUCCUCGCGCACGCCAAGUCCCUCGCCGGCGCGCGGGUCUCCUGUGGCGGCGGCGCGGGGGUGCCGGCGUCCGCGCUGGUGGCCGCCGCCAAGAGGCAGGUGGACUACAUCCUGGGCGCCAACCCGGCGGGGAUGUCCUACAUGGUGGGGUUCGGAGCGCGGUACCCGCGGCACGUGCACCACCGCGGCGCGUCCAUGCCGUCGAUGCGCGACCACCCCGCGCGCAUCGGCUGCGACGAGGGGUUCCAGUACCUGCACUCGCCGGACCCCGACGUCAACGUGCUCGUGGGCGCCGUCGUCGGCGGGCCUGACGACAGCGACGCCUUCACCGACAGCCGCGACAACUACGCGCAUACAGAACCCUCCACCUACACCAACGCGCCGAUCGUCGGCGCGCUCGCCUUCUUCGCCGCCGGCCGCCACCGCUGA